GACUCUAAAUGUGCCUCCGCGGCCGCCGUAAUUGUGCCUGAAAGUACUCGCUAGUAGCCGUGCUAACGACAAGCUAGCUCAAACAAUGGCUGAAUACUCUCACGUAAAAUCAACCAAACUGGUUUUGAAAGGUCUUAACAAAGGGAAAAAGAGGAAGCACAAAGAUAACAAGAAGAAAGCAGGAGAUGAUGAAGAAAAAGCUGAUAUUGUUGAUGGUUGGUGGGCCAUCAGCAACUUUGGAGAAAUAUCUGGAAGUGUUGCCAUAGAGAUGCAGAACAACGCUUACAUCCAUGCCAUGGAUAGUGGCCUAUUCACACUCGGUGCACCACACAAAGCCGAUGAAGGACCCGACCCCCCAGAACAGUUCACUGCCGUCAAGCUCUCAGACACAAGGAUAGCCUUGAAGUCCGGAUAUGGAAAGUACCUGGGCAUCACCUCGGAGGGUUUGGUAGUCGGCCGCUCUGAUGCCAUCGGCUCCAGGGAACAAUGGGAAACCGUCUUUGAGAAUGGCAAAAUGGCUCUCAUGGCAGCGAAUAGUUGUUUCAUCUCCUACAGUGAAAGUGGGGACAUCGUGGCCAAGAGCAAGACAGCAGGGGAGGGCGAGAUGGUGAAGAUCAGAUCGAGUGUGGAACAAGAGGUGAAGCAUAAAGAUGACAUCGCAGAAGAAGACCGGGGCAACGUGAAGUCCUGUGAGGUCAAUUAUGUGAAGAAGUUUCAGAGUUUUCAGGACCGUCGGCUGCGGGUGAAUGAGGGAGACUCGUCCUCGCUAAAGAGAGCCAGAACGGACGGGAAGUUUCACGAAACUUUGCUGGACAGGAGAAGCAAAAUGAAAGCAGACCGGUACUGCAAGUGAAGAAUCAACCUUUUAGGCGACUGAUAUCAUUGUAAAUGUCUUUUAUUUUAAAGAUUUGGCCAUUUGAUCUGACAUUGUUUUUAAUCUUUUUAAUAAAAUGACACGGUCAAAUCUG